AGUGAUUGUUUCAGACCAUGGAAUGACUCAAAUCGAUGACUUCAAACAAAUUGAAUUGAAAGAUGUCAUAGACUUCAAAAAUUCUGUACAAUUAUAUCUUGGAAGCGGUUCCGGGGCUCAGAUUGUGGCCAAACCCGGCAAAGAGGAAGAGAUUUAUAAAAACUUAACUCAAGUGAAAGGCAUAAAAGUAUAUAAAAAGGACGAAAUUCCGGAGACAUUUCAUUAUAAACACAAUUCAUUAGUUUUGCCACUUAUGGUUACAGUUGAUGCUGGAUACACUAUUGCUGCGCCGAGACUGGAAGGAGUGGUAUAUCCUUAUGGAGACCCACCAAAGAAACCUCAUGGAGGAAACCAUGGUUAUAGUGUCGAGACUUUGCCUGACAUCCGGGCCAUAAUGUAUGGCUUCGGACCGGCUCUCAAGAAGAACUACACCUCUGAUUGGAUAUCAAUGGUUGAUCACUACAACUUGUUUUGUCAUAUACUCGGCAUUAAUCCCAUUCCCAAUAACGGAACCGACGCUAAAGCCAAAGCAAUUAUUUUAGACUUUGAACACGACUUUAACAAUAGAUUCAAAAGAAAUCCAAAUGAAAACGAGGAAGAAGUAGAUGAUAAGGACGACGAUAAUGUGAGUGAUUUGGAUGAGAUAACUACUCCAGAAGUUGAUGAUAAGAAUGAGGACACCGACGAAGGCAGUGAAGAUGAAAGUGAUUCUCACGAAGAAGAGACUCCACAAGUGAGUCAAGAGGGCAGCAAACUAUUGAUUAUAUUAGUCGAUGGCUUUCGAUGGGAUUAUGUGUCGCGCGAUAAGACAUUGAAAGGCUUCCGCAAAAUCGCAGAAAACGGCGUUUCCGCCAAAUAUGUGAAACCAAUAUUUCCGGCAAAUUCUUACCCCAAUUGGUACUCAAUAGUGACCGGACUCUAU